AUGAAUAGCAAGAACUAUCUAAAAUCUUAUGGGUGGAAAGAAGGAGAAGGAUUGAAGCCUGGGGCGUUGAAAAGACCAAUUUUGGUCAAGCACAAGAUGGACAAGAAAGGACUGGGAUCGGCACCUGGCGGAGACGACGGAGACAUGUGGUGGGAAACGCUUUUCGACGGGCAUCUAAAAAAUCUGAAUGUGAAUGACAGUGGGACUGGUGCGAUCAAGUUUGAGAAAAAUAAAGCUUCGAGCAACGUUGUGGUGAAAGAUAAAUCGCCGUUGUACAAAUGGUUUGUGAAGGGAGAGGUUCUGAAGGGAACCAUCGAAAAGAACGCAAUAAGCACAAAAAUUGAGACGGUAGAGAGCUCUCGAAAGAAACGUGAACGCGAAAGUGACGAAAGUAGCAUCACCCGAAAAUUCAAGAAAUCCCGUAAGUCAGUGGAAAAGAAGCAGAAAGACGACGAAACGGCCAAGAAUAGGUCAAAAGAACACAAGAAAGACUCAAAGCGUGAGCGCAGCCUAGAUAGAAAGGAUAAAAAGGAUGCAAAGCGUAAGCUCAGAAAAGAUGCAAAGGACAGAAAGGACGAAAAGCCUAAGCACAAACUAGAUAAAAAGGAUAGAAAGGAUAAAAAGGCACUCGAGAAGAAAGAACGAAGCCUCAAGGAUAGUAAGAAAAGCAAGAGUCGCUCAAAAAAACAUGAGAGCAAGGACAACGAAUUCUCGUAA